UCCUCUCCCUGGUUGGGUGAGAGAGACUCGGAAGCAUUUGCGGAGAAGGCAGGCUGCAGAGAAGAGGGACAAAAAGGCGAAGGAAGAGGCGCAGGGAGAGAAAUACAGCCUUUGGCCUAUUUUAGCCUUUUUAUGAUCCAGAUUUCUCUUGAAGCAUUGUUUUCUGCCAGAGGAUGCUGAUAUGAUGGAACAACAAAAGAAGCGAACUGUGACACUCAAGGGAUUGGAGAAAGUUGAGGCUCCCAUUGAUUAUUCUAAUACAAAAAUAAAGAUAGAAGAAGAGGAGGAACCUUGUAUAGUAAACCGCCAAGACUCUGAAGCAAACACAGUCAUCUCAGGCUUUCCUACUGUGGCCUUAAAGAUAGAAGAGGAAGAAGAAUCCUGGACAAUGGAUGAUCAGGAUUGUGAGCAAGAAUUUCACGGAGAAAUAAUAAAGAUGGAGCCAGAAGAAGAAUCAUGGACAUCGCCUAAUCACAAUUGUGAGCAAGGACCCCGGUGGGAAUCCAUAUUUUCUACAUGUAGAAAAACAGCAGCAUGUCCAACAACAACACAAGUGCAGCCACACUCCCAAACAAGUGACGGACCCCUCCCACCACCAAACUAUGAAUGCCCUUUCUUCUAUGCGGGUAUGGCGACAAAAAGAAAGAAGGUUGUUGUAUCAAUGGAACAGAAACUUGAGGCAAUCAAGAGACUGGACAAAGGAGAGAAAAUGAAGGAUGUAGCCGACGAGUAUGGUGUCGCACGGGUAACAGUAGGAGACUGGAAAAGGAAUCGAUUGGAGAUAGAAAAAUGGUGUUCCUCCAGAAUUACCGAUGGUUCACUAAAAGAGAGGAAAACGAUGAAAAAGUGUGACUAUGAAAAAGUUAGUGAAGCUUUGUAUGUUUGGUUUACGCAGUCCAGAGACAAAGGUGUGCUUAUUUCAGGACCUAUUUUACAGCAGAAGGCGUUGCAUUUUAGAAAGGAAUUUAAUGAAGGGGACCCAGAUUUUACAGCAAGUGUUGGUUGGCUCGACAGGUGGAAGAAACGUUAUGGAAUCCGUCAAUUAAGUGCUUGUGGUGAGAAGCUGUCGUCAAAUUAUCAAGAAAUGGAGGCAUUCAAGAAAAGAUUUCAAGACUUUGUUGAAACUGAAAGCCUCACAGGUGAUCAGAUUUUUAAUUGUGAUGAAACCAGCCUCGAUUACAAAAUGUUACCCAAUAUGAGUCUUGCAGCCAGAACUGAAGCAGCAGCCCAUGGCUAUAAGCGCAAUAAAGAAAGGCUGACAAUUUUAGCAUGCAGCAAUGCUACAGCAAACCACAAAAUGGACCUCGCAAUGAUUGGGAAGUCCAAAAAUCCAAGAGCCCUUAAAACAAUUUCAACAAACGCUCUUCCUGUAAAAUACUACAAUCAAAAAAGUGCGCAGAUGACCCGUGAAAUUUUCAAAGACUGGUUUUUUAAGGAAUUCGUUCCUUCCACAGAGAAAUAUUUGAAAGAAAAUGGCCUCCCCAGAAAAGCAGUUUUGUUGCUAGACAACGCCCCGACGCACCCUGAUGCAGAGGAGCUUCAAGAUGGGGACAUUAAGGCUAUGUUUCUGCCACCUAAUGCAACUGCCAUAUGCCAACCGAUGGAUCAGGGCAUUUUGGAUACGCUAAAAAGGAACUAUUGCAGGAAGCUACUGUCGACAAUGAUAGAAGAAAUUGAAGAAGGGCAAGACAUAACUGAAAAAUUGAAACGCAUCAAUGUAAAGGAAGUCGCUUAUUGGGCUGCAAGGGCCUGGACUGAUGUUAGGGCUCCGACAAUUGCCAGGUCCUGGAUGAAGUUGUUAGGUGAAGAUAAAGAUGAAAUUAUGGAAAGAGAAAGCACAGAUGAAACCGAAGAAGGCAUUCUACCCUUAGUGCACCGCAUCCCUGGGUGUGAGAAUGUGUCUUCGCAAGAAGUUGAAAGCUGGAUGAACGAAGACCAUCAGUAUCAAAUUACUGAUGAAGAAAUUGUUGCUCUUAUCAAUGACAAUGGCGAUGGUGAAGAAAUUGAUGAUCAAGCAUCAGCUGCUGAGCCUCUCAGAAUCUCCCACGAAGAUGGGGUUAGGGCUCUAGAAGCCGCAAUGAUGUACAUCGGGCAACAAGAAGAAGCUACGGGGAUCGACAUAAUGAUGCUGCAAAGAUGGCGAGACUUGGCAGCGAAGAAACAGCAAUUGUCGGAAAAGCAGGCAAGGAUCGCAGAAUUUUUGAAAUCUUCACAGAACUGAACUUUUUACGGAUUUAACUUCCGACAGUGCUGUUACUGUAAGUUCAUAUUAUGCAAUUCUAUCUUUAUUUGUAGCCAAUUUUUUAGUAGUUAAUGUUUAUGUAGCCAAUUUUUUCAAUACAUUGCGAUGGUUCAGUGCUAGAUUCAUAAAUACAGUAAUUACUACAUAACUUUAUCAUGUGUUGAACUGUUUUCUCUGUGGAUUUGUUGUAAAACAUGAUGUUUUGGUGCUUAAUCAUAACGUAAUUUGAUGUUUAAUAGGCUUUUCCUUAAUCCCUUCUUAUUUUCCAACAUUUUUGCUUAUCUAACAUUCUGCCAGCCUGUUUAAAUUGGAUAAGUGAGACUCUAUUGUACUUAUGAACCCACGUAGGCUCUAAGAUCUGCUGGGGAGGCCCUCCUUUUGUCCUGCCACUGCCACAAGUGCGGUUGGUGGGGACAAGAGAGGAGGCCUUCUCAGUGGUGGCCCCCAGCUUUGCAAUUUCCUCCCACAGGAAAUUAGACAAGCCCCAAGACCACCUUUCGUAGGGACCUGAAAACUUGGUUGUUUCAGCUUGCUUUUGACAACGCCUAGUCCCUAGUCACAACUGCCCAGUUCCUAGGUUCCACAGAAUAUGCUACUCUCUUCAUUUCAUCCAAUACUCGGUCCUGUCUAUGCUGCUUGCACUACCCCAUGCCCAGUCCUUGCAUACCCUGAUCAAGCCCAUUGUACUGUGGCAACUGGUUUCACUGAAUAUUGUUACCCAGCCAUUUUAUAGUAUGUUUUAUUGAAUUUGUGUUUUUAACCGUUUUGGUUUUUUUAAAUGAUGUUUUAUUUUAGCCUUGUUUUUUGCUUUGAUGGAUUGUUUGUAUUUGUGCCUAUGGGCAUUUUGUAAGCUGCCCAAGUCCCAUGUGGGAGAUGGUGGCAGGGUAUAUGAAUAAAGCUGUUGUUGUUGUUGUUGUUGUUGUUAUUGUUAUUGUUAUUAUUAUGUAUUUAUUCUUUGGACAACCACAAUCUUCCUUGAAUGUUUAGUGAUUUAAAUUCACCAUUGCUUUUACACUAAUAAAUAAUGUCCAAGUUUUAUCAAA